AUGAGUCAGAUAGUGACGCGCCAGGGGCCGGUCGGCGAGGAUAAAGAUAAGCGCCAGACCGAUAGCCCCGUGAAGGAAAUGAAGAAAAAAAUUGCAGCGAAUGCCGAGAAGGAGAAGCAGGCAGCGGAAAAAAAUGCAGCAGAUAAACAGGCAGAAAAGGUCGCGGAGAAGAAUGCAGACAAGAAAGAAAAAAAUGCGGAGAAACACAUAGAAAAGUCUGCAGAUAAAAAAGAAAAAGCCGCUGAGAAAAAUUCAGAAAAGGCUUCAGACAAAAAAGAGAAAGCUACAGAGAAAAACACAGAAAAGCCUGCAGAAAAGAAAGACAAAAGUAGGGAGAAAAGUAUUGAAAAUACACCAGGGAAGAAGGAUAAACUUGCAGAGAGCUCGGACAAAAAAGAUGAGAAGGAAGCUGCUCCGAAGUCUAAGGAUGACAGCAGCAGUGCAGAGAAGAAUGGAAAGGCGGAUAAAGAUGACGAGAAAACGCGGAAGCCCGACACGGCAAAACUGAACGGCGACGCGAGCCAGCAGCAGAAUGGAAUGGAAGAAGUCACCAACGGCACGGUGAGUGAGUCCGAUGAAGACGAGCUGAUCAUCGUCGAACAAGAGAACGACGAAAUAUUCCCCGAGCUCACGUACGAUGAUAAUUCGGACGUCGACGGCUUCGAACACGAAGCCCCGAGCAGAAGUUUCACUCGGAGGUCGCAGGUGAAGGUGACACGCACUCCAGAGACACCCAGACCUGCCUCCGACAAACAAGCUGAUAAACAAGCCGACAAGGAAACAGACGAUUCGAAGGAGCCAAAGCUGCUCAAAUUGAAAGAGGACCUACAAGUAACUGAUCGCAAGCUACGUUCCUCGGACUCGCCCAAACCAUCAGACAAGAAGCCACAGGAGAAGGAGUCGCCCAAAAAGCAACAAGACAGUCAAAAGAAGAGUGAUACAGUUCAUGAAUCACCAAAGAAGAAAGUAGAUGAAGAAAAGAAGGAUAAAGAAGAUGACAAACAGGAAAAGGUGAUUGUUGAGAAGUCUGAGAGAGUUGAAAUAGAAGUUACAGUUGAAGGAGACAAUAGCGAAGAGCGCGUCCGGCGCCGCGACACCAAGUACUCGCGCUCUCGCGUGCGCGUGUCGCCGUACCGACGCGUGCGGCGAGCAGACGCCAGCCCCGACGCCGCGGAGGCCGCGGACACCACCGCCAGCUCGCUGCUCGCCAACUACACCGGCAACAACACGACGAUGGAGAUGGACAUCACGGAGUGUUCUGUGGGCGGGGAGGAGGCGGGAUCGCUGGAGGACAGCUACCUGAGCGGGCUACGCAGCAUCCGCGCGCGGCGCUCCUACAAGCCGCUGCCCAGCGUCUCGCUGCGCAGCUUCCACGCUGCGCCUGCGUCACAAGUUCAGCGCUCAGCCGGAAGCGAGAGUAUGCCGUCGCGGCCCACGGGCACGGUGGUGGGGCGCAAGCGGCGGCCGGACGGCGCGGAGAGCGCGGGGGCUGCGGACGCGGGAGGCGAGGAGCCCGAGGCGCCCAAGCGCGCGCGCCUGCUGCAGCGCCUGGCGCACCCCUUCCGCACGCACGCGCACUCCACGCCGCGGCGCGCCGCAGAGAUCGUCGGCAUCAACUCCGAUCUGCCGCUCACGGUUCCCGUGGUGGCCGCAGAGCCCUUCGACCCGGAGACCAUUAAGUCGACUCCCGCGCCUACACUCGUUUCCACUCCCACACCCACUCCCACGCUUGUGCCAGAGAGGGACAACAAGCGGUGUGUGGUUAUUGUUGCAAUGACAAAGAUGCGACGGUCAACAGUUUGCCUGUUUCUGGCUCUCCAGCUUGUCCACGCUGAGUACCUGUUGCCCGGAGACAUCGUCCCGAGGCACUAUGAUUUACGUUUCGCGUUCGACGUCGAUCCGAAAACCAACUACAGCUUCUUCGGCGUUGCUGAUAUCCUGUUUAACAUCAAGAAAACCACAUCAAAGAUUGUCCUCCACGCUCAAGACUUCACGGUGGCAGAAGAUACGGUGACCUUUUUGGGCCAGAAUGAUUUACCCGAGAUCGUAGGGGUAAAGAUGAACGACACCUACAACUUCCUCACUAUAACUUUGGAUAAAGAGCUGGUGGAGAAUGAAAAUUAUAUGCUGAGAAUUCCUUUCUUCGGUAAUCUCAAGACAGGACUCGAUGGAGUGUACAUUAGUACAUAUGUCAAUAAGAAUAGCAAAGCUAAAGAGUACCUCAUAGCGACUCAGUUCGAGGCUACAUCCGCGCGCAAGGGCUUCCCCUGCUUCGACGAGCCGAUUUAUAAGGCAACAUUCCGUCUCAACAUUGGUCACCACAAGGAUUACACCGCAGUUUCCAACAUGCCCCUGUACAACAGCUCUAACAACAAUGUUCUCGAAAAUGUCUGGCCUUGGGAUCUGAUCGGAAAGAAGUUCAAGAACGACCAGUCGCAGUUCGUGUGGGACCAGUUCGAGAGUUCGGUGCCGAUGUCGACUUACCUGGUCGCCUUCGUGGUGUCCAAGUUCUCGUACGUGGAGAGUCCGCCGGAGCUCUCGCACACUAAAUUCAGGAUCUGGGCCCGGAGUGACGCCAUCAACCAGACUUCCUACGCGGCGAUUAUUGGACCGAAAGUGUUAUCCCAUUUCGAGCAGUGGUUCAACGUAUCGUUCCCACUGCCGAAGCAGGACAUGAUCGCCAUCCCGGACUUCAGCGCAGGCGCCAUGGAGAACUGGGGCCUCAUCACUUACAGGGAGACCGCUCUCCUGUACGAUAAGGAACAGUCCUCUUUCCUUAACAAAGAGAGAGUGGCCGAGGUGAUAGCCCACGAGCUGGCCCACCAGUGGUUCGGCAACCUGGUGACGAUGAAGUGGUGGUCGGAUCUGUGGCUGAACGAGGGUUUCGCGACGUUCGCGGCUUCGGUGGGCGUAGCGGCAGCCGAGCCCACCUGGCGCGCCGACCGCAGCUACGCAGUCGACAGUAUCCUUAGCGUGUUGAGCCUCGACGCCCUCGAGUCUUCGCAUCCGGUUUCAGUACCAAUAGAUGAUCCGAAGCGCAUAUCGGAGAUAUUCGACGAGAUCUCGUACCGGAAGGGUUCCACAAUCAUACGCAUGAUGACCAUGUUCCUCGGGGAGGAUGUCUUCAGGAAGGCGAUUAAUAAUUACUUAGUGAAAUAUUCAUAUUCGAACGCGGAACAAGACGACCUGUGGGCGGAGCUGACAGCUGUCAGCCAAAAAUAUGGCGUCUUGACCAGAAACGUCACCGUAAAGGAGAUCAUGGACACCUGGACCAAACAGACCGGAUAUCCGCUGCUUACCGUGACCAGGGAAUACGGGGACACGUCCUUGACUAUUUCACAGAACCGCUACUUGGCGUUGGGCGCCAGGAGCAGCGACAGCGCGUCGUGGUGGGUGCCGCUGAGCGUGGUGUGCGAGGGCGAGGCGGCGGGGCAGCACGCGCCGCAGUGGCUGGCGGCGGGCGAGGGCGUGCGCGCGCUGCACCGCUACGAGCACGCCGCCGGCCCGCACCAGUGGGUGCUCUUCAAUGCAGACAUGAUCGCGCCGUACCGCGUAAACUACGACGAGCGCAACUGGGAGCUGCUGGUGAACUCCCUGGUGGAAGGGAAGGGAGCCGGGGAGGGGGAGGGGCAGGUGCCGGUGCUGGGCCGCGUGCAGCUGCUUACUGAUGCCUUCGAGCUCGCCUGGAGCGGCCUGCUGGACUACACCACCGCGCUAAGAUUAGCGAGCUACCUCCAACACGAAACUGACUAUCUUCCCCUCUCAACUGGUCUUCGAGCCUUGUCCAAGAUCGAGAACGUGUUAAUCCGUUCCCCUGAUUACGGUGCCUUCCAAAAGUUCGUGAGGAAGCUUAUCGGAGGAACUUACACCCGGGUUGGGGGACUCGCCACCGGGAAGAUUAUCUAUGGAGACGACUUGGACAGCGUCAAGAUGCAGGCGACGACUAGUUCGUGGGCGUGCCGUAUGAAGGUGCCGGGCUGUGAAGAGAAAGCCAUCGAACUGUUCGACAACUGGAUGAACACACCCAACCCUGAUGAGAACAACCCCAUCCCACUGGAUCUGCGGCGCACGGUGUACUGCGUGGCACUGUCUCGCGGCUCGGUGCGGCACUGGCGGUUCGCGCUCGAGCGGCGGCGCAACGCCAACGUGGCAGCCGCGCGGGACCAGCUGCUGUACGCGCUCUCCUGCACGCGCGACCUGUGGCUGCUGGCGCAGUACUUAGAGUGGGCGAUCACCGACGGGUCUGAAGUUCGCAGGCAGGAUGCUGCGGCCGUCAUCACCAGCGUCACUCGCUCUACGGUGGGCUACUACGUUGCGCGCGACUUCAUAUACGACCGCAUCGCAGACAUCCAUAAGGCAUUCAACCAUGGUAGGCGCGUAGGAUACAUAAUCAAAACAUUGCUGGACCAGUUCACUACGCAGAAGGAACUCAAUGAGUUCUUGUCAUGGCGAGAAACAAACGCUAAAUAUUUAGAAGAAGCGCACCUCGCUGUAGACCAGGCGAUAGAACGAGCGCGGGUCAACAUAGACUGGCUAACACGUAACCGUCGCCAUGUUGUUGACCGCCUUCGCGAGUUCUCCUCUUACCGACAUGCAGCUGUUAUGGACUCAUGGGAAGGACAAACAUUCUUCAUGCAAUCUAUAUUGGCUAUACACAAUAUAUCCAGUAAUAAGUUACAACCUUAUAAAUAUGAAAUUGGAGAAAGAUGA